UACCAGACUAAUAAGUGAACGCCUCUUUAUGAUAAAAGCGAAGUAGCGGAGAUAUUUUCAACGCCCUGGCGUGUUGCGAGAAGAUCAUUUAACUUGGAACAUCAACAGAACUCUAGGUGGCGGCUUGAAUCCGCAACGAUUUGGAAGAAAAUGGAGACCGAGAGGCUUUUUUACAUCUCCGUGCUUCUGUGUUUAUUUUGCAUCUGCCAGGUGCACGGACAGGACGAAGAUCCUUGUAAGGGUGUGGUCUGUCCAAGGGGGCGAAUGUGUUGGUCCUCCACGGACAGCGGUGAAAACUACACUACUUGCGAGUGUCCAAAAGAAUGUUCAGCAGACCCUGAACCGGUUUGUAGCUUUUAUCAUAGAGAGUUCAACAACCAAUGCGAAAUGCACAGGUACGCAUGCGCACACGACCUGACAAUGAAAGUAAUGAACCGAGGAAAGUGCCCGACAGAGAGUAAGUGGGAAUUUGAGUACAUUGACCGGGACAAAAAUAACGUUCUGGAUACAGCGGAAAUUCAAGAUGUAUUUUCUGACGUUCUUGAUUUCGAGCCAUGUCUCUAUGGCUUUCUCAAGUCGUGUGAUCUAAACGAGAAAGAGGGAAUUGAUAAGCGCGAAUGGGAUUUCUGCUUUCCAAAGACAGGUACUGCUUUCGAGACCAGGAAAUGAAAAGGCUUCAACUCACGCUUUGGAAAAUACAUUAUUGUACAAUUUGUUUGACUGGGAGAUUGCUGAAUUUUCUCAUAAUGUUGCGUUAAGGCUGGAAGAGCCAAAUUUGUUGAACGAUUCAGUUUGUGUUUCGUGCUUGUCACGAACGCCAUUAGAUGUUUAGUUAGUUCAUGUAGGUCACGGAAUAAACACAGGCAGACGGGCACAAAAAGCAGAUAUGUUCACUCCUUCCCGUCCCUACUUUUCUUUGCCUCUGACCAUUAGAAAUUACUAAAUAAACGAGAGACU